UAAGAAUUUCAGUGGCAGCUUAGCCACCUUCAAUCGUGCUCAACCUCUGGUACUUUGGUACUUGCUUGCUUCUUGGUCUCAAUCACUCCAGAAAUUCGCAUACACGUAAUCCAGAGCAAUGGCAGCAUUGUCACAUCUCCCUACAGCGCCUCCAUCAACGAGCCGCAGAUGUAGGUGGCUGACGCUCCAACUAUAUAAUGGACUUCCAGCGGCGACUUCUCUCCAUCGCUUCAGUUUCACAACCAGAAGUUGCCGUUUUAGGAGAUUUUCAGCUUCGGCCAUGGCCAGUGAUGGCAAAAGCACCGUUCUUGUUACCGGGGCUGGUGGUAGAACCGGACAAAUUGUUUACACAAAGUUGAAAGAGAGGACUGACCAGUUUGUUGCAAGAGGCUUGGUGAGAACAGAAGAGAGUAAGAACAAAAUCAGUGGUGAAGAUGAUGUUUAUCUAGGAGAUAUCAGGAAUUCUGAUAGCAUAGUUCCUGCAGUACAAGGCAUUGAUGCCCUAAUAAUUCUUACAAGUGCCGUGCCAAAGAUGAAGCCUGGUUUUGAUCCUACUAAAGGUCAACGGCCCGAGCUAUACUUCGAAGAUGGGCAAUUUCCUGAACAGGUUGACUGGAUUGGUCAAAAGAAUCAAAUAGAUGCUGCCAUGGCCGCGGGGGUAAAGCACAUUGUUCUUGUUGGAUCAAUGGGGGGAACAGUUCCCAGCAACCCAUUAAACAGCAUAGGAAAUGGAAACAUAUUGAUUUGGAAGAGAAAGGCUGAAGAGUAUUUGGCUGAGUCUGGAAUCUCAUAUACCAUUAUAAGAGCUGGGGGCUUGCUAGAUAGAGAAGGUGGUGUUCGUGAACUGCUCAUCGGGAAAGAUGAUGAACUGCUUAAAACGGAGACAAGAACUAUUCCCAGGGCUGAUGUUGCUGAAGUCUGCAUCCAGGCACUACAGUUUGAGGAGUCAAAAUUCAAGGCAUUUGAUUUGUCAUCAAAACCAGAGGGCGCUGGAACACCGACCAAGGAUUUUAAGGCUCUCUUUUCCCAAAUUACCACCCAAUUCUAAUGUGUUGCUCAUGUCACUCAUGUGUCCUCAUCUAAAACCGAACAAGAAUGACAAUGGUUCAGCUAUACUAAAAACCUGUUGAGUGUGGUAACCUCCUGAGAUGUCCAUGGUAGCUUAGAUAAAAGCUACUUGUCAAGUUCCCCUAAGUGUAAUAAAAGCUAUUGUUGCUUCACUUCCAUUUCUGAUGUCCAUUAGGCAUUUAGCCCCUUAAAAAGUUAGAAGUAUUAUCAUACAUUGUAUAAUACCAAAUUGAGCUUGGCCUCCGCAGUGCCGUUAAUUUUUUCUUUUGCUUCCUUGGCUAACUUGAGCUUGGCCUCCAAAGCCUACCCCUCCCGGGCAUCUUCUUCCACAUUCUUUUGCAGCUUCUCAACCUCAGCCUUUGUGGCUGUGAAGCGGGCAAUCACCUCAUCCGUGCCCACGUGCUUCUUCUUCAGCUUGCCCAACUCCUUAGACUAUGAACACUUCCUCUUCCCGGACUACAAUGCGAGGAAUACUACCUACAAGAAUCAACAAGCAAAUGAACACAAGUAUAAAUGAGAAAGAGGAGAGGAGGGAGGGAAGCAACGCCGAAGGCUUACCUUGGCAAGAGUGUUGAAGCCAUUAGUGAACAACUCCUUGUCCGGGAGAGCUCAAACCUUAGCACGACCGACCUUUGGCAUUGCCCUUGAUACAAGCUCAUGCCCAAAUAUGCCGCCAUCCAUAGCCCCCCCCCCCCGGCUUAUGGGGUGUUGGCUACACCUCGGCAACACUACGACCCCAUCCUUGACCCCUACAUCGACCUCCACAGUGGGGGGGGGGGGGGGGGGGGAUACUGGGAAGCCACUUCUUUUUGCGAGCCUUCUCAACUCGCUUGGCCUCCUUCUCGGCUUCCUUUUCGUCACCGAGGAGAACCUUUCGAGUGUCAACCAUCUCUCGAUCUUCAAGAAUAGAUGAGAAGUUAACAAUGCGCAAAAAUAUAUAAACAACAAAAAGAAAGCACAUGAUGGAGGGCCUGUCUAUAAAGCCAUCUUUAGGGGGUCCGUCAUCAAAUGCUCGGACCGCCCGCCACAUUGGGGUGCUAGUUAGUGGACUCCCCAAGUAGACAAGACCAGACAAAGCUGAGGAUCACCAUGUUUUUGUCUUUCAUCACUUCCUUUAUCUUCCUUUCGCUACCAUUCAACUACUAUAGAAGGGACUCAAUAAAUCAAAUCAGCUAUUAUAAUUAAUGCAUAGUAUUAUUGUAAUUAAAUGUUAUAACUGUAACAUCUCUUUGUCAUUUAAGAUAGUUUAAUAGCUUACCUUAUAGAGACGCUUUGUACAAUUGUACUUGUAUAAAUAGCAACACUUCUAAGCAUUAAAUGCAUGUAGAAACACAAUUCAAAGUC